CAUUAUUAGUGUAUCAACUCUAUCCGGAUAUUCGUGUGACAUCUAUUUCCUUUUUUGAUCACAUGAAAUUUAAUAUUAUCUACAUGAUAUUACAUUGUGAUAUUAUCAGACAUUCUUUUCAAAUUCUUGCAGAGUUAUAAUUUAUUAACAUAAAUAUGAAUUAUUUCAUUACGUUUUCUGUCUUAUUAAUAACAAAUUUUUUGUUGGAUUCGAGUCAUUGUGAUCGUUGUUGUGCUAUUAAUCUUCGAAAAUUACCAUCGUAUAAAUUAAAUCGUAUCGGAGCACGUUCGGAUGAAACGAUUAUUUCAAGAAAAAUAGUUCAUAAUUUGUACGAGUGCAAAAAAUUUGCUGCAUCGAGGAAAGCAUUGGCGUUCAACUUCGGCCUAAACAUUAAUUUAAAUGGAAGUACCAUUAGAAAUCAUUUGAGAAAUGAAGCUUCGAAGAGAAAUCUGUGUCAGGCUUUACAGUGUCCAGAAAUAUAUAACUCUUCGUCACUGAUAAGGGACAAGAAUUAUCGAUAUUACAGCAUGUAUCCUAAUUACAUCAAUUCUGGGGGAGGUACAAUAGUUUGCGUACCCGAAGCAGGAUUAUUUAUAUUAUCGGAUAACAAUUUAAAUUAUACUCAAGCUCAAAUGUUUUGCCAGAAAUUGAACGGAUCACUUGCGCAUGUGAUAAGCGAAGAACGUAUGAAUGGCUUGGCCAAGUAUCUUUCGCAUAAGAUUCCAAGAUACGUUGGUCUGAGUAACAAUGAUGACGAAAAAAUUUGGAAAAAUUCGUUCGGUGAACCUUUGUUGUGUUUCGAAUACCGUGCAUGGGGCACAAGAGAACCUUCUAAUUCAAGAGGAUGCGUCGCUAUUCUUAUAUCUUCAUCUAAUUCACACGUUACACCUUUUUGGAGAGUUAUACCUUGUUACGUUUCGUUACCUUAUAUAUGUGAGAUUUUUCCACAAUAUCAAUAAAUAAAAAAUAUAAUAUUAUAACUUAAUAAUAAUAAUAUAUAUAUAUAUUCAUGUGGGUAAUAUUUGUAUCAGGGUAAAUAAAAGUCGAAUCUACUUAUGUACAGAUAUUUAAUCUAGAACUACAAGAAUCUUUAGUGUUAUGUUUAGAGAACUAGAAUAUUUACAAAUAUGAAUUAAAACAACAUAACUCUGUACGUGCGCACAAUUGACAGGAAACAAGAAGAAAAAUAUAACUCUCACUCAUUGUUGCUUACGUGUAUGAAUGCGUGUUCGCGCGUGUGUGUAUACACCCGCACUCACACACACUCACGCACAAACAUUUUUAAUUUAAUAAUUUUAAAAAUGCUCUUCCUGAUAUUUCAAUUCUAUAUUCAUUAAACUUAGAGUCUUAAAACUAUUAAUUACAUCUACACACAUUGUCUUUAACAAGCUAUAACGUAACAUUUAUACUGGGUCUUAAGUUACAUUGUUACUGAAACAAUGCUUUCAAUAGGACUUUAAAAAACAUGUUAAUAAUAAAACAUGUAUGAUAAAUGUCUCGUGAUGACAUUCGAUGUAAAGCAACAAUAAGAAACGAACUAUUAAAAAAAUAUAUAUGUACGUAUAUGCAUAUAUUAUAUAUAUAUAUAU